CAACAAAAAGGCACCAACUUUUCUAUAAAAAAGAACCCUCUUCCCCCUCUCGUCCCCACCCUCACCCAAAACCCUCUUUCUCUCUCUUACAAACCCUAAUCUUCAUUUCUUCUCUCUUCUUCAAACACUUUUGAAAAUGCGUGAGAUCCUUCACAUCCAGGGUGGCCAGUGCGGCAACCAGAUCGGUGCAAAGUUCUGGGAAGUGGUGUGCGCGGAGCACGGGAUCGACCCCACCGGAAGGUAUGGUGGGGACUCGGAUCUCCAGCUCGAGAGGAUCAAUGUUUACUACAACGAAGCCAGUUGCGGCCGGUUCGUGCCCCGAGCGGUUCUCAUGGACCUUGAACCGGGAACCAUGGACAGUGUCCGGUCUGGGCCGUACGGUCAGAUCUUCAGGCCUGACAACUUUGUUUUUGGGCAGUCUGGUGCUGGGAACAACUGGGCUAAGGGGCAUUACACGGAGGGUGCUGAACUGAUUGACUCUGUGCUCGAUGUUGUUCGCAAGGAGGCUGAGAACUGCGAUUGCUUGCAGGGUUUUCAAGUGUGCCAUUCUCUGGGUGGAGGAACUGGAUCAGGAAUGGGUACCCUCUUGAUUUCAAAGAUCAGGGAAGAGUACCCAGAUAGGAUGAUGCUUACUUUCUCUGUAUUCCCUUCGCCAAAGGUUUCCGACACUGUUGUGGAACCCUACAAUGCUACUCUCUCUGUUCACCAGCUUGUUGAAAAUGCAGACGAGUGCAUGGUGCUUGACAAUGAAGCUUUGUAUGACAUUUGCUUCCGUACCCUCAAGCUAACCACCCCUAGCUUUGGUGACCUGAACCAUUUGAUCUCAGCUACAAUGUCUGGUGUCACUUGUUGUUUGAGGUUCCCUGGUCAGCUAAACUCUGAUCUGAGAAAGCUUGCAGUGAAUCUCAUUCCCUUCCCUCGUCUCCACUUUUUCAUGGUGGGUUUUGCUCCAUUGACAUCCCGUGGCUCUCAGCAAUACAGGGCCUUGAGUGUUCCAGAACUCACCCAGCAAAUGUGGGAUGCUAAGAACAUGAUGUGUGCUGCUGAUCCUCGACAUGGCCGAUACCUCACUGCCUCAGCUAUGUUUAGAGGCAAGAUGAGUACCAAGGAGGUUGAUGAACAGAUGAUCAACGUGCAGAACAAGAACUCCUCUUACUUUGUGGAAUGGAUUCCCAACAAUGUGAAGUCCACCGUUUGUGACAUUCCCCCCACUGGCUUGAAGAUGGCCUCAACAUUCAUUGGAAACUCCACAUCCAUUCAGGAAAUGUUCCGCAGAGUGAGUGAGCAAUUCACUGCUAUGUUUAGGAGAAAGGCCUUCUUGCAUUGGUACACUGGGGAAGGCAUGGAUGAGAUGGAGUUCACCGAAGCCGAGAGCAACAUGAAUGAUUUGGUGUCGGAGUAUCAGCAGUACCAGGAUGCCACUGCUGAUGAGGAUGAGUAUGAGGAGGAAGAGGAGGAGGAUGAUUAUCAUCCCACAUUAUCUGACAUGUGAUUUUGAUAUUGUUGUAUUGCGGUGGAUGAUGAUGAGAUACAUGCCGCAACUUCCUGUUGCCGGUUCAUUUUCUCUUUUGGAGGGGAUGGUUCUGUUCCGGCUAGCUCUAGUUAUAUUAUUGUUUUAUAAAACUGGCUCUGGUGUUUGUUUCUGUUGCUAUGUAACCUGAUGGUAGGGAAGACUAUAAAACUGCUAUUAUUUUAAAGUUAAAAUGUUUGUUUGAUCCGUA